CCGGCCCGGCCCGUCCGUGAGGCGGCCGCGGGCGCUGCUCUGCUCCCGGUGCUGCCUCCGCCGCCGCUGCCGCCCCGCUGCCGCUGCCGAGCCCCGUCCCGAGCCCCGUCCCGACCCCGCGGCGAUGUCCGAGCGGCAGCGGCCCCGGCGCGGCCCCAGCCGGCACUCGGGGCGCUGCGCCGGGCCCUGAGCGCCCGCGGCCCCGCAGAGCCGCGGCCGGCGAGGCCCGGAGGGCCCGGCCGAGGAUGGGGAUCCUCUUCACCAGGAUAUGGAGGCUCUUCAACCACCAGGAGCACAAGGUGAUCAUUGUGGGCCUGGACAAUGCAGGGAAAACGACCAUUCUGUACCAAUUCUCCAUGAACGAGGUGGUUCACACCUCUCCCACCAUCGGCAGCAACGUGGAGGAGAUCGUGGUGAACAACACGCGCUUCCUGAUGUGGGACAUCGGGGGGCAGGAGUCCCUGCGCUCCUCCUGGAACACCUACUACACCAACACCGAGUUUGUGAUAGUUGUGGUGGACAGCACAGACAGAGAGAGAAUUUCUGUGACUAAAGAAGAGCUGUACAAAAUGUUAGCACACGAGGACUUGAAGAAAGCAGGGCUGCUGAUCUUUGCCAACAAGCAGGAUGUGAAGGAGUGCAUGACAGUAGCUGAGAUCUCCCAGUUCCUGAAGCUGACUUCAAUUAAGGAUCACCAGUGGCACAUUCAGGCCUGCUGUGCUCUCACUGGAGAGGGGCUGUGCCAAGGACUGGAGUGGAUGAUGUCCCGCCUGAAGAUCAGAUGAUUUUUAAUGACCUCUUUGCACAGACAUUGCUGCAGCAGAGCUGUUCCAGUGGCACAUUGGUGGGGUGGAUGUAUUUAUACGGAACUGAUGGCAACUGUAUUUUCUACAUAGCUGCACACACACACACACACACACACAGACACACACAGACAGACACACGGACAGGAGCUGGGAGCAGGCACAGAGCACAGGAGCUCUCGGGGCUCCGGGUUGGGUCGGGCUCCUCGAGGACGCGCUCGGAGCUGUGACCAACCUUGUUUCCAAGCUGCCCCUCGGGACAGCCAGCCCCGGGCCUGGGGAGGAUGGAGAGAGGGGCAGGAGCUUUCAGUGCAGAGUUUUCUGGUCCCACUGUGGCCCUCUCCAGUGGGAGGUGCUGCUUCAUUGUCCCAGGAAAUCAGCGAGCGGAUCACUGGCGCAGGGAUCGACUCUCCGGCGUUUCUGAGGCGGCCGACGUUACCAAGGCAGAACUCUUUUCCUGUAUGUGUACUGUACAUAUUUGUGUAUAUUUAUACCUCAAUCCUAGGUUAAUUGCAAUCUGCUCAGCCCAGUGUAAAGCUGAAUCAGUAUGUUGGCAGUAGUGCUGAUCUGUGGCACGGCCACGUCCCCGUGUCCCCCAUCCCUCCGUGUGGCUGUAACGUCAAUCACACCUGGUCAGCAAACCCUCUCUUCAGCCCAUUGCUUGUUUUUCCACAUGAUUCUUGGGUUAGGGAGGAGGCUGGAAUGGAUUGAGGCACACACAGUUUGAGCUUCAUAUUCCAGGGUUGGCAAACAGAACAAAUUUGCCCAAGAGUUGCAGAUGAAAUGGGUUUUCCUCUUUCAUUGUGGUCAUCGUUGGAUUGGGUGAUGCUGCAGGUCCUGUCCAUUGCUUUCCUUCUCUGCUGUGCUGGUUGAUUCAGGUCUGGCAGAAAUACCUUUGGCUGUCAAAAAGGGAAAAAAGCAUCUUUUCUUUUUCUUAACCAAAGAAGAGGCACAAAAGUAAGUUUGAAAGUGUCACUGGAAUUGUACAAGUCAGACUCUAAUGAAGUGUUUUUCAGAGAUAAAACUCUCUUUGCUGCAUAAAGUGUGCAGAUACUAAAAUGUGCAGAUAUAGCAACAUGCAGUGGAGGUGACUGGAUGGGGACAAAGCAGAUGACACUACUUGAGAAUCUCCAGGUGACCCACACGAGUUCCAGGGCAGAACUUGAGAGCAGAGCCCCUUGCAUGGUCCCCAGGCAGUGGGAGAACACUAGGAUCACCUUUCCCUGCUGGGAUGGCAGUCCCAGGCACAAGGGGGUCACAAUUCCCACUCGGAGGACCCAGGCAGUUGGGGAGGCAAUGGGGUGGUUGGAAAUGUCAGGCUCUUCUUUGGGAGAUGCGUUGGGAGUUCAGCAGAAUGAAACAAAACUGUGUUUAAAGUGUUCUUCCCUUUCUCAGCCCCGUGCCUGGCAAGGAAAAGGCAUUUUAAAGACAUUUUAAAGCUUAGUUUGAACUUUUUAAGGUGCUUCUCUUUGGUUCUGGGAUAAUCUGGUCAGCUCCUGCCUUGCUGCCCACCUGCCUCCCUGGGAGCAUGGCAAUCCUGGGGAAAGGAGGGGAGGCAAUCUCUAAGUCUGUAUUUAACAAAGGCAGGUAAAGAAUUUAACUUUUUAAUCUAUUUUUGGUAUCUCCAACGCUCCCUGGCUGGGGGAUCUGCUGUCUUUGUUAACCAUUAAGGUGUACAUGCAUAUAUCUCUAGUGCAUGCACAUAGAUCUUGGUAUUUAACUGGUGUAUUGCAAAAUGUAUCAAUGUUUGAAGAAUUAACAAUUUAAUGCAAAGACUCUCUCAGUUUCUCUGACAGUAUCUACAAGCAACGAGCUCUGUGCACACUUGCAUAUGAAACGGAAUUGUACAUUUUCUAGUCUAAAAAAAGAAAAAGCAGACUUGCUUCUAAACCCAA